UGCUAUUCGCCGAAUAAGGACUUGCUGCUUCUUAUAUUGAAUUUAUAUUUACCACUCAACUUUUACCACCGUGCCACAAUCUCCCUUCCCCUGCAAACGAAUCGUUUCUUCCAAAAUGGCAUCUUCAGUGAACGGGAUGAAUGCUUACCGCCAGCUUCUUCGCGCAAUGCGCAUCGCAUUCGAAGGUGACUUCCGAACGUACCACGCCGCUCGCACCGAGGCUCGGAGGCAAUUCGACAUGAACCGCCAAUUGGGAGAGGGCACACCCGCGCUGAUCCAAAAUGCGCUGGAAGUAGCGCAUAUUUUGAAAACAAACAUAGUUCAGGGAGAAAAAGUUGAAACAACGAAUGAGAAGGGGGAGACCGUAGAUCGUUACUCUUUGAGGAUACAUGAGCAUAUUGAGCGUGGGGAUAACGAUACUGUCAAGACGGCUGGAAAAGAGAAGGUGAAGGUGAAGCCUUGCUCGAAGUAGUAGAAAACAUUUAAAAACAAGUGCAAUUGCGCAACGAAAAUAGAGAUCAAAAUAUGAUUGCAGGGGCAUUGGAACGGCGUUCUAGCAUGGGACUUCUGGCAAAUGUUAUAUACUGCGGGCUUUGUCUUUUUUUGUUUGAUACCAUAAAUACCGGGGAUGUGGAUAAUCCCCCCUUUGGUUAAUUAUAUAAUAAAUAUAGAAAAGAAAGCCGCCUGGUGUAAUCUACAUGCAUUUC